UACCUUGACAUCGGUGAGGAUAUGAACGUGCCCGAUGACUUCACGCAGAGCGAGUUGCAGACGGGCAAGUGGUGGAGGCACCUGCUGGCUGGAGGCAUCGCCGGCGCCGUCAGCCGGACCUGCACCGCGCCUCUAGAUAGACUGAAAGUGUUCUUGCAGGUGAACCCUACCAGAGAAAACAUGGGAAAAUGUUUAACAAAAAUGAUAAAUGAGGGUGGUAUAGCCGGGCUGUGGCGAGGAAACGGCAUAAACGUGAUAAAAAUAGCGCCAGAAUCAGCACUCAAAUUUGCAGCUUACGAACAAGUAAAAAGACUAAUCAAAGGCGAAAACAGAACUAACCACCCUCUGGAGAUACACGAACGGUUCCUGGCCGGAGCGACAGCCGGCGCCAUGGCUCAGACUGUGAUCUAUCCUUUAGAAGUGUUGAAGACAAGGUUAGCGUUAAGAAAGACUGGUCAGUACAGCGGGAUCUUUGACGCCGCUAGGAAAAUAUAUUUAAGGGAGGGGUUAAAAUGUUUCUACAAGGGUUACAUUCCAAAUAUCCUGGGGAUCGUGCCGUACGCGGGGAUCGACCUAGCCGUGUACGAGACGCUGAAGAAGAAGUACAUCAGCAAGUACCAGGCGCACAACGGGCAGCCGGGCAUGCUGCUGCUGCUGGCGUGCGGCAGCGCGUCCUGCACGCUCGGACAGGUCUGCUCCUACCCGCUCGCGCUCGUGCGGACGAGGCUACAGGCCCAAGAGAAAGCAGCGAAGGGCGCGGAGGGCACGAUGCGCGGUGCGUUCCGCGAGAUCGUGCAACGCGAGGGUCUGCGCGGGCUGUACCGCGGCAUCACGCCCAACUUCAUCAAGGUGAUCCCGGCCGUGUCCAUCUCGUACGUGGUGUACGAGUACGCCAGCCGCUCGCUCGGCGUCAACAUGACGUGAUGCGCGCGCGCCCGCCCCGCGCCCCCCGCCCCUAGGGACGCGCCGAUGACGUCACGCUCGAGCUCAACACUCGCAUCACAUUCUAAUUUAAGCAUAUUAGCAAAUUGCAUUUCGUUGUACAUAGCUCUUGUGCAUGUUAAGUCUUAUUUAUUUUACAUAUGUGACAUAUUCCAAUUAUUUAAUUGUUUCGAACGAAUAUUGUAAUCGAUUAAGCUUGUAAUUGUGUAGCGAACCCUGGUUGCAUUUGCUGGAAAAUUGAGGUGGUAAUAGAGUAAUAUGGCAUGCCGGCAACAAGCCGGACAGACAACUGUGAUUGCAAUAAAUGUAUGUAUUUUUUUUAUU